AUGCUCGACUUUUCCGGCGCAGAGCACCUCUAUGUGUACUUUCGGCAGCACACGCUCCUCUGCGGCACGUUGUUGUCUCUGAUCGUUUUCGCUAUCGCCUUCCGCCAGCACAUAAUCGUCUACGGCAGGUUUGCGUACGCCUGCUUCUUCAAGCCCCUCAUUUUGGGGAACUCUACCGAGGUUCGGUCCCUAUCUGGGCAACAGCGCGCCCUCGAAGGCUUCUAUCGGACCCAGGCGAGCAUUUACGAUGUAACGAGAGGCACUCUUCUCCGCGGGAGAGAAGAUAUGCUCCAGUUAGCCGCGGCACAGUUGCAGCACCGUCGCCUUAACGGGAGCGCGAAGCCUGUUUGGGUCGAUGUCGGUGGCGGGACGGGGUACAACAUCGAGAAGAUGAACUCCUACGUUUCCGUACCCGAAUUCUUCUCCCACGUCUACCUGGUCGACUUGAGCCCCUCCCUGUGUGAGGUCGCCCGCGAGCGGUUUGCCAGGCUCGGGUGGAAGAACGUCCAUGUCAUCUGCGAAGAUGCCCGUACCUUCAGUUUGGAUCCGUCCGGUCCUAGCUUGGAGAACGUGGUCACGUCCAGCAGCAGCGAAAAGCAUCGCGUCAAGGCUGAUUUCAUCAGCAUGUCCUACUCUCUGAGUAUGAUACCCGACUUCUACUCCGUCAUUGACUCCCUCACAGAUCUGCUGACCCCCCUUGGCCUCAUCGCCUGCGUCGACUUCUAUGUACAAGCGGAAUCCAGCUUCUCCUACCGCAACUUCACCGGCGGGCACCACUCGCGUCACGUCAACUCGUUGUCGCGGGCGUUCUGGCGCUCAUGGUUCAAGCUAGACCGAGUCCACCUCCACGAGAGCAGACGGGACUAUCUCGAGUACCGAUUCGGCACCAUCCUCAACGCCAACGACCGCAAUUACUUCCUCGGUGGUAUUCCAUACUAUAUAUGGCUUGGGUGUCAAAGGGCCGCCACGUAUGGCACGGCUGGUGCUUUGGCUCGGGAGGCGGCCGAGCACAUCGACGCACUUGCUACAGAGUCCCCGUACCUCUCCCCCAUCCUUUACUCCGAGAAGCGGUCUGAGGCCGAAAACGCUGCCGCAUCCGAGACACGCCUCCAGCUGCGCUCAAAGGGGUUUGAGGCCGCCAUCCUAAACCUCGCGACAAACGUCCCCCUCCCGUCGUUCUUCUACCAGAACCAGCGGUGGCGUUUGUACUACGACGAAUCGCUUCAAAAGCACACCCAGUUCGACAAUCAAUAUAUCUACGCAUUCACUUGGGAAGACCCUGCCGAGGACCAGCGCCUUCUCAACAUUGGUCAGGACGACGUCGUCUUCGCCAUCACCUCCGCCGGCGACAACGUGCUCUCGUACGCUCUCCACCGUCCGCGCUCCAUUCACGCCGUCGACCUCAAUCCGACUCAGAACCACCUGCUCGAGCUCAAAGUCGCUGCAUUCAACGCACUUCCGUAUGAGGACGUGUGGAAGAUGUUUGGCGAGGGCCGCCAUCCGCAAUUCCGCGAGCUCCUCCUCUCCAAGCUCUCGCCCUACCUCUCCUCGCGCGCCUUCCAAUACUGGCUCGACAGAACUGCAGCUUUCACAUCACGUGGCGGUCUCUACGAGACGGGUGGCUCGCGGAUAGCUGUCAAGUCCUCCAAGUGGCUAUUUCGCCUGCUCGGGCUGUCGGGCGCGGUCAAGCAGAUGUGCGCGGCCACGACGUUGCGGGAGCAACGUGCGAUCUGGCGGACGCGCUUGAGGCCGGUCGUCCUGAGCAAGUACCUGAGCUACCUUGUGAUAUCGAAUCAGCGGUUCCUGUGGCGCGCUCUUGGCGUGCCGAAAAACCAGCGGGACAUGAUCUCGGACGACGGGAUCGCGGCUUCGGUCUCGAGCGGCGGCACGUUCUCAGCGAAGGAGGCAAUGUGGAAGUAUGUAGUGAACACGCUCGACCCCGUCGUGGAGAACACGCUAUUGAAGAACAGCAACUACUUCUAUCGGGUGUGCUUGCAGGGCCAGUACGACAAAGAGUGCUGCCCCGCGUAUCUCUCGAAGGAGGCCCACAAGAUGCUGUCGCAGCCCGGUGCAUUUGACGGUCUACGUGUGCAUACAGAUGAGUUUGUGGAGGUCCUUGCACGCAUCAAGCCAGAGACAGUCACUGUUGCUGUGAUCAUGGACCAUAUGGACUGGUUCGACCCUGAGGGUACCAGCGCGACGGAAGAGAUCCGGGCAAUCAACAAAGCAAUGAAAGUCGGCGGGCGCGUCCUGCUUCGCAGUGCGGGGCUGAAGCCUUGGUAUAUCGCCAACUUUGCGGCACAGGGUUUCAGGAGCAAGCAUGUCGCCGCACGGACUGCUGGGAAGUGUAUCGACAGGGUGAAUAUGUAUGCAUCGACAUGGAUCUGUACCAAAGUUAGUGCGGAUCCUACCGCGCCUACUGAGGCCGUCAAUGGGUCGGAGUCUGGUCAAUCUGAAGUUCGUGAGGCACUGGAACUAUGA